AUCGACCUGCAUCAACACGAAGUUUCUUGCGCAAAACCAGACGCAUCAUGGACGGCUUCGAUAAGAAAACACUCAAGACCUCUCGAGGCUUCACAUACACCUACUAUACCUCUGCUGGCGACUCUUCGCUCCCAACCCUCCUGUUCCAACAUGGCUUCCCCGACCACGCAGCCAUGUGGCAACAAGUUGCAAGCGGGGUGAAGUCGCUCAACCACCACAUUAUCAUCCCAGAUAUGCUUGGCUACGACGGAACCGACAAGCCCACGGACCCCGCAGCAUACAAAUUCGAGCUCAUGACCAAAGACAUUGUUGAGAUCCUCGAUGCCGAAGGCGCGCAAAAAUGCGUUUCCAUUGGCCACGACUGGGGCUCGGCGUUUGCCUCACGCCUAUACCAAUACUAUCCUGAGCGAGUAGUCGGCCUCGUAAAUCUCAACGUCCCCUACACACCAUUGAAUCCCGUCCCCUAUGACCUCGAUGCGACAAACGCCAUGAUGGAGAAGAUUUUCGGAUACGCACUCUUGAGCUACUGGUACGUUUUCGCUGCCCCCGACGGCGCUGCUCUCCUCGAACGCAAUCUUGACCUUGCCUACGACAUAAUGCAUGUCCACACCGACCAAAUGAAGGCCGUCCUUUGCACAAGAGGCGUCAUGCGGGAUAUCCUAGAAGGAAAAAUAAAAUACGACCUGAAUAUUCGCCCAUAUGCGCAGGACCCCACAUUUAAGAAGACGUUUAUCGACCGUAUGCGCCGCGACGGCUUCGAGGCUCCCACCUGCUGGUACAAGGCCAUGGUCACCAACAUCCAGUCCGAAAGCGAUGCACAGGUGCCUCAGGAACGACAAAAGGUUAAUGUCCCCGCGCUGUACUUUGGCGGCACAGAGGACGUCGUGUGCAGACCGGAAGCGAUGAAAAUACCUAUCGAUGCUGGGUGGCUGCCGCACCUGGAGAAUGCGGGCAUGAUCGAGGCGGGGCACUGGACGCCGUAUGAGACGCCGCAGGAGGUGAUUGGCAAGUUGGAGCCGUGGCUGAAGAAGAACUUUGCCUAGGGGGGGAGGAGGGAGACAAAGACGUUCAACGUUGAGUUAUAGUACAUCAAACUUACGUUAAUCUUGAAAUGUGAUAUAUGAACACAAAUAACUAUUGAAAAAAAAAAAGAAAUCAAUCAUAGG